CAAGUGAAGGGGAGAGAGGGAGAGACAGACAGAGAGACCAAGUAAAGGGGAGAGGGACAGAGACCGAGUGAAGGGGAGAGAGGGAGGCCGUCUCGGAGAUCUGUUCUCCGAGCGGCAACUUUCACAGCCAAUGCAGCGACUGGUAAUAUGGAAACUAAACCCCUGACCAAUGGAACUAACGGAGGGCACGAUGUGGCAGGUCACUAAGGGGCAUGAGAGCCUUGUUGGAGGCCUGCGAGGUAGCGAGCCCAAGCCAGAGCUGGUGACGGUGACAUGGGCCUGUACCUCAGGGCUUCCUGUAGCACGCUCCUCCACGCCACGCGCCCCUCAGCCCCCCCCGGCAGCAGCAACGCCCCCCACAGGGACCCCGCCCUGGGCACCAGCCCCCGCCCCGGCCCCCCGCCUCAGCAGGCCCAGCACCAAGCAGCAGCCACGCCGGAGACUAGCGACACCAUGAGAGGUCUGGAGAUGGAGGAGAGCCCCCCCACCCCCUCCUCAGAGGACGGCCCCGCCCCCUCCUCAGAGGACGGCCCAGCCAAGCCCGACAGCAGGGAGCGGGUCACUCCGCCCCAACCGCAACCUGAACCCGACCGAGAUGAAAGCUGCUGCCAAGACAAGAAUGACACUCAGCGGGAGUCGUCGGGAUCAGCAGGGAGGAGACCCAAGUCUAACUCAAAGUUAAAGUUAGUUCGGAGCCUGGCUGUUUGCGAAGAGUCCUCUCCUCCCCCUCCCACUACUGAUCUGCCUGGAGACACCCAGGAAGAAAUUCAAAUCCAGCUGUCCCAGCCGUACGACAAAGAGGAAUCCUCUCCGCCUGUCAGAGAUGAGGAGAAGAGUGUCGAGAGGCUGGACAGAACUGAAAGGAUGCCAAGGAAGAUGUUAUCCCGAGAUUCCAGUCAGGAAUACACCGACUCCACAGGGAUCGACCUCCACGAGUUCUUAGUUAACACGUUGAAAAACAACCCCAGGGACAGGAUGAUGCUGUUGAAGCUGGAACAGGACAUCCUCGACUUCAUCAGUAACAACGAAAGCCAGAAGAGGAAGUUCCCCCCGAUGACCUCCUAUCACAGGAUGCUGCUGCAUCGAGUCGCCGCGUACUUCGGCCUCGAACACAACGUCGACCAAACGGGGAAAUCGGUUAUUAUCAACAAAACGAGUAACACAAGGAUACCCGAUCAGAAGUUUUCGGAACACAUCAAAGACGACAAAAGCGAGGACUUCCAGAAGCGGUACAUUCUCAAAAGGGACAACUCCACCUCUGACAAAGAUGACAACAUGAUGCGGAUGCGACUGAAGGAUGACCGGAGGAGCAAGUCCAUCGAGGAGAGGGAGGAGGAGUACCAGAGAGCCAGAGACAGGAUCUUUGCUCAAGAUGGUCCAGAUGGGUUUGCUAUUGAAAAAAGGAUACAAGAAGACGAUGCUGGCAACAACACACAGCAACGACGAAAGAUCUUCAGGUUAAAAGACGGCCGUUCGGCCAACAGUCGCCAGAGCAGCUCGGAGAACGAGCCCAAGUCCUCAGACCCGCGGCCCUGGAGCAGCACCGACUCAGACAGCUCCAACCGGAACCUACGACCGGCCAUGACCAAGGCCAGCAGCUUCAGUGGGAUCUCCGUCCUGCUGCGGGGCGACAGCUCCGUCCUGCUGCGGGGCGACAGCUCCGGGAGCUGUAAGAGCAUCGGACGCCUGUCCAAGACCGGUUCUGACUCGUCUAGUAGUGUAGGGUCGUCCACGGGUUCUCUGUCUCGCUCCCAGCCACCCCUCCCUAUGGCCCCGGCUCUCACCCAGACGGGCCUCGCCCCCCUGGCCCCCCUCGCCCCCCCGGCCCCCUGCUCCAGUAGCUCUGUGUUGUACGAGGUGGGCCGGAGUGCCCCUGCGCCAACACCGGCCUCCGCUAACGCUAGCUACUAUUUGCUUCCGCUGGAAGCCACAGGGAUACCGCCAGGAAGUAUCCUGGUCAACCCACACACAGGCCAGCCCUUUGUGAACCCAGACGGCAGUGCCGUGAUCUACAACCCUGGCAUGGUGCCCCCACCCCAGGGCCGGACCCAGCCCUCGGCCCCCUCCGGCCACCACCAGCCCCCGCCCUCCAACCACACCCUCGCACAGCCGUCGCGGCCCCUGCAGACGUCCAGUCAGCCGGUCCAGUACACUGCGGCCCCGUACCCCACACAGCUCCUCUCCGUCUCCCCUAACCAACAAUACACUGUGCAAGACCCCCUCGGGGGCCAGUUCAGCCACAUGAGCCUGGGCCGCCAGGCGUCUCUGGAGGGCCGGGACCCCCGCGCUGCCCUGUACCCUUCCCCCGUGGUGCUCCAGCCCCCCCCGCCCCCACCCCAGCAGGCUGGCUACAUGGUGGGCCCCCCGGGCCAGCCCGGCCCCCCCCAGACCUAUGCCCCGCCCCCCCCUCCACCCGUCAACCAGCCCGUCAUGCAGCAGCAGGGCUACAUGCAGCAGAUGCCAGCGUGUUACUGUGCUCCAGGCCAGUACCCUCUCUCCAGCCAGCAGUACAGAACAGUGGGCCCGGUCCAGUACAGCUCUCCCCAGGGCCAGCCCAUGAACCCUCUGCCCUCACAGCAGACAGGUUACCAAACUGUGAUGACUAACCCAGCACAGAGCUACCAGGGCAUGCUGGGUCUCCAGCACACCCAGGGGCAGAACAUGGUCGGCGGUCAGCACAGCAAUAUGGGGAAUCAGAUGCAUGGCAUGAUGGCCCAGUAUCCCUCCAUGCCAUCUUAUCAGGUAUCCAUGCCCCAGGGCUCCCAGGGUGUGCCACAGCAAACAUAUCAGCAACCCAUUCUCCUGCCCGGCCAGGCCAGCCAGGGGCCCCUGCCUGCCUCCCUGCCUGCCUCCCUCCCUGCCUCCAUGUCUGGCUCCAUGCCGGGCACCAUGUCUGGCUCUGGAGUUCAGGUGUACUACAGUGUUAUCACACCCAACCAACACAACACAAUGAGCUCGUCAGUGGGGUUUUUGCCUCCCCCUGGCUCGGAGCAGAUGCACUUUCCCCGGUCGUCCUCCCCCUGCUCCUCCCAGCAGUGCUCAGGCGUGCCCCCGCCACCAGGGGCCGGUAUGGUGAUGAUGCAGCUGACCCUGCCCCCUAGCCAGCAGCCACGCCCACACUCGCCCCCCCAAUGGAAACACAACAAGUACUACAGCCUGGACCAGCAGAGAGGCCAGAAACCCUCAGAGCUGGCCAUCCUAGACUCCUCCCAGAGCAGCCCCCAGCUCGGCAGCCCCUCCGCCUCCCCGGCCCAGUCCCCCACCCCCUCCCACCUGACCAAUGUGAAGAGCGUCCGUCCAGGCCUGGCCCCGGUCCCCAUGAUGCCGCAGUUCUCGCGGCCCUUCCUCCCAGGGCAAGGAGAUUCCCGGUACCCCCUGCUGGGACAGCCCCUCCAGUACAACCCCCAGGACCGUCCCCCCCUUCUCCAAGCCCCCCCCAUGGUCCCCAACCACCAGGGACCAAUGGGAAUGAGGCACGGUGGUGUCGCCGGGCGGGGGAGGAAGCAACCGAGGAAGGCCCUGUCUACCGACCUCAGUUGAGCGGGUGAGUCCUGGAGGUGACUGACCUGUCGGAGGGGAUGAGGAGGGGCGAGCCGGAGUCAGGGGGGACCCGGAGCGGGGCCCACCAUGCAGUGUCCUCUAGGACCAGGGACCACGCCAAACACCCUGCCCCUCUCCCCCGCCUGCCCCCCUCCAGCCAGGUGGCCCAGGGCCCCGCCAGCCUCUCCCGGCCCAGGACCCUGGCAGCGGCCGGGUCUGGAGAGGGCUCUCUCGGAGGCCUUCUCUGGCGCUGCAUCGACCAGACAGCCUGGAGGAUCUCUGGCUUUCACCCUCACCAGCACCCCCCCCGUCACACCCAGCUGCCCCCCAGCCCCCUCCCUCGCUGCGUUGGCUUGAUGUAAAAGGGUUGUUUUUACACUUGUAGAGACUCUGGGGAGUUUGUCGUCUGUGGAACUGUCCUCGCGAUUCGGAAAAGAAACACGAACAAAAGUUAACAUCACUCGAACUGAUGAGAGAAUCUAAAAAGCACGAUCCAAGUUCCAAAUAUGAAAACCCAUCAGCUCUCCUACGAGACCAGACUUGAGCAUAUCAAUAUCCUUUUUAUUUUUUAAUAUUUUGUUUUCUAGUUGUUCCCCCCCCGCCCCCACACACACCACCAUCACCAAAGUCCCCCCCCACCACACACACACACACACACACACUAGGGCAGCCAAGUAUUGCCCCUCUCUCACCAGCCACUUGCCCCAGAGUGGCCAGGUACCCUGCCCCCCCCCAGCUACAUUAUAGGUCUCUUGUUGUGCCUUGUCAAGAGUGUACUGCUUUAUUCUGCAAGAAACACAAAGAUGAAGACACCCCCAGUGUCCACCGUUCAAUGAAAAAGACCCGCACCUUGUAAAUAAUUUAUAUAGUAGCUAAAUAAUUCAAUCAGUUCUCUUUUCACAGUGAACGGUAUGUGUCGGUCACAGGCAGAGAGGGCAGAGAAAAGGCUUUGUUUGACUUCCCCUGUUUUUUUUGUUGCUGUUUUUUUUAAACUUAAUUUAAAAGUCAAUAAAAAAUGACACUCCUCCACCGACGCAUAUUUUUUUUAGCAAUCCUGCUUUUGAUGGCUUCUCUCCCCCACACUGCUCUCUCUUUCCUCUCCCAACACUGCUCUCUCUUUCCUCUCCCCCACACUGCUCUCUCUUUCCUCUCCCCAACACUGCUCUCUCUUUCCUCUCCCCAACACUGC